AUGUCUUACCAGGAAAGACAGCAUCAAAGCAGCUCAUCUUCUUUGGUGAGAAAGAUUUAUAGGGCUUGCAGAUCUACGCUAGCGGAGCCUGAUCUUGCGUUGAAUUUAGCAGUCGCAGACUAUGUGAACGAUAAGCAAGGUGGAGCUCCAAGAGAAGCUGCUGUUACGAUUGUCAAUUUGAUCAAUAGCAGAGAUAGUCAUACAUCCAUUUUUGCAUUGAAUCUUUUAGAUGUCUUGGUGAAAAACUGUGGUUAUCCUUUCCAUUUGCAAAUAUCUCGUAAGGAGUUUCUUAAUGAAUUAGUCAAAAGAUUCCCAGAAAGACCACCAGUUAGAUACUCUCGUCCCCAAAGAUUGAUUUUGGGUCAAAUUGAAGAAUGGAACCAAACUCUAUGUAAAACUUCUCGUUAUAAAGAAGAUUUAGGUUUCAUUAGGGAUAUGCAUAGGUUAUUGUCUUACAAAGGUUAUGUCUUUCCAGAAGUUAAAGCUGAAGAUGCAUCUGUUUUGAAUCCUUCCGACAAUUUGAAAUCAGUUGCUGAAAUACAAAAAGAAGAAGCUGUUGCACAAGCUGCUAAGCUACAAGAAUUGGUUAGACGUGGUAGACCUAGUGAUUUGAAGGAAGCAAAUAAAUUGAUGAAAAUCAUGGCAGGUUUCAAAGAUGAUAAUUUGGUUGAUAGUAGAGCUCAAGUUGCUGAAGAUCUAGAUAGGUUGAAAAGAAAAGCUGAUAUUUUCAAUGAGAUGUUAUCAGCUUCUGAAAAAACUGGUCAUAUUGAUACAUCUGAUGAAACUUUGGUGGAAUUAUACAGCUCAUUGAAAGUUGCACAACCAAAAAUUCAAAAAAUUAUCGAAGAAGAACAGGAUGAUGAGGAAGCAGUUCAGGAUUUGUUAAAAAUAAACGAUACAGUGAAUUCAUUAGUUGAAAAGUACAACUUGUUGAAAGCUGGUGAUGUUCAAAAUGCUUCAAAACUUCAUGUUGCUAGUGCUGGAUCAAAUGUUAAAGAGUCAUUAAACUUGAUUGAUUUUGAUGAUGAAGAAACAUCACCAGCUCCUGAAUCAAGUAAACAAUCUGGGGGCGUUGAUGAUUUACUAGGUGAAUUGGGUAGCUUAUCAUUUGGAAAUAACACCACCUCAUCAAGUACUAAUAACUUUGGUUCUGGUGGUGAUAUAACAUUAGAUUUUUCUUCAAAUCAACCAUCCAGAGCAACUUCACCAAACUACGAUAUAUUCAACCAAUUAUCUUCAAACACUUCUUCAACAUCUGCUGCCCCAACAGCUAACCCAACUAUUGCCUCAUCUAAUCAAAAUGCAUUUGCUUCAUUGGAUACCUCCUUAAUUGGAUCUUUUGCAUCUCCACAACAAAAUCAAAACCAACAACAUUCCUCAACAUCACCACGUUCAACAGUUAAUGAAUCGCAACAUUUGAAAUUCGAAUUAGAGUUGAAGAAAGAAUCUUCAAAUACAGUGUUGGCAAAAGCUAUUUUCUCAAAUAUUGGCACUUUUGCUAUUUCGAAUUUGCAAUUUUUGAUUGCAGUUCCAAAAUCAUUAUCUUUACGUCUUGAACCUCAAAGUGGUAGCUUCUUAGGUUCUUAUGCUAAAGAUGCUGUUACCCAAGUCUUUAGAAUUGAUUCAAAUAAUCCAAGUGCACCUUUAAAAAUCAAAUGGAAAUUGAAUUAUGUUGUCAAUGGUUCAGAUGUGGAAGAAACUAGUACUUAUACAUUCCCAAGUACUAUUUGA